AUCCUCCUCUGUCUCGUUUCUUCUUCUUCUUCAUCCGUACAUCUCUCGCCGCUUCCUCCUCCCCCUUAUCGGAAUCUUUCGCUCAUUAUGCUCAGAAGCCUCCAUUACCAUAUCUCUAUCGAUUCACUUCUCCGUCCAACGAUUCUCUCUACGAUUACUAUCUGAAACACUCACACUAUUAACUGAUUGUUGGAAUUAGGGUCGUUGAUUCAGAGAUGGCUGCUUUAAAAGGUUAUGGCCUGUGCUCUUUGGACUCUGUUGUACACUUCCCCUGUCCAAAGCCUUUCGAGGCCUACAAGAGAAGCUCGAGAUGGGUCUCUCCAAAAGCAGCUGUUGUACCAAACUUCCACCUCCCUAUGCGCAGCUUGGAGGUUAAAAACAGGACAAACACAGACGACAUAAAAGCGCUAAGGGUGAUCACAGCCAUCAAAACACCUUAUCUCCCCGACGGAAGAUUCGACCUCGAAGCCUAUGACGAUUUAGUAAACAUUCAGAUCCAAAACGGCGUGGAAGGUGUCAUUGUUGGUGGUACAACCGGUGAGGGACAGCUAAUGAGCUGGGACGAGCACAUUAUGCUCAUAGGCCAUACCGUCAACUGUUUUGGAGGAAGCAUCAAAGUUAUUGGAAACACAGGAAGCAACUCAACAAGAGAAGCUAUCCACGCGACAGAACAAGGGUUCGCUGUCGGAAUGCACGCCGCUCUUCACAUCAACCCUUACUAUGGGAAGACUUCGAUGGACGGGAUGAUAGCUCAUUUUCAGUCUGUUAUGCAUAUGGGACCGACAAUUAUAUACAAUGUGCCAGGAAGGACAGGGCAGGACAUACCUCCUAGUGUUAUUUUUAAGAUGUCUCAGAGUCCUAACUUAGCUGGUGUGAAGGAAUGUGUUGGAAACAAGAGGGUUGAAGAGUACACUGAGAGUGGGGUUGUUGUGUGGAGUGGGAAUGAUGAUGAGUGUCAUGAUUCGAGAUGGGAUUAUGGAGCAACUGGUGUUAUAUCGGUUACUAGUAACUUAGUUCCUGGUUUGAUGAGGAAACUGAUGUUUGAAGGUAGGAACUCUGCUUUGAACUCUAAGCUUUUGCCUUUGAUGGGUUGGCUGUUUCAGGAGCCGAAUCCUAUUGGGCUCAACACUGCUUUGGCUCAGCUUGGAGUGGCGAGGCCGGUGUUUAGGUUACCAUAUGUGCCGUUGCCUUUGGCUAAGAGGCUUGAGUUUGUGAAGAUGGUUAAGGAGAUUGGUAGAGAGCAUUUUGUGGGUGAGAGAGAUGUUCAGGCUCUUGAUGAUGAUGAUUUUAUCCUUAUUGGUCGAUAUUAAGCAUAUACUUUUUGAGUUUUUGGGGAUUUCUUUGUUUGGUGUUUUAAUGAAGAAGAGAUGGUUUGGUUUAUGUAAGCUGAUGGAUGAAAAACUCAUGAACUAUAUAUUAUAUGGUCUUGUUUUGGUCUCUGUUCGUUAACAACUUUAUGUUUUGUUUUUGCGGUCGGAAGAAGAAGAGACUUUUGGUCUCACGUACCAUACACAUACAGAGAUUACAUGAGAGAUGAAACUAAAAAACGAUUAGAUGUAAACCAAGUAAUACUAAACCCUUUAGAUAAUAAGACUCUGCUUUGUGUUUUAGAGCCCUUAGAUUGGUGAUGAUUUUUUUGUUUAUAGAACAAGGGAAACGUUUUUGGUCUGAAGCAGAGAGAGGAGGGCUUUGUUUUCUUGGUCAAGGAUAAGAGCUUUCUUUCUAAGUUUCUCGUUCUCUUGUAUGAUGUGUUGGUUCUCCAUGUAAAGCCUUAUAUUGUUCAUCACCAUCUCCUUUUCUUCCUUCCACAUCUUUCUCCUCCUGAAAAAGUAUAAAACAGACCACCAUUAAAACGUUGUAGUGACUCGGAUAGUUUCAUAGAGCAGUAUGAUGAGGAAAGACUGAAACCUGGAGAGGCGAGGGAUACGAACAUGGGUUUGUGUUUUGAGGUACAAAACUAGUCUCGUGGGUGUGUCUGAGAAUGGUUCUGAAGAAAUCAAACACAUCUUCAGAGCUUGAAGUUAGAGAGAGGAAGAAGAAGAAGUGAGGUGUGUUUGAUUAGUGGGAGAGAUAUAGAGGUGUUAUAUAGAUGAAAGUUUGUUGUAAGUUUGUGUUUUGCAUUUUCUUUAGAGAGAGUCUCCUUUAG